ACAACAGACCAGGAAACCAGAGGAGAAAGCAUGUAGAAAGCAAGCGAUCAGGAUUUCGACCCAAUUCGGAACUUCGUCUUUCAGCCCGAGAUUGUAUUUACAAUGUGAAGAGGGAAUUUCACUUUCUUUCCACUUUUUUCACCAUCGUACUUACCACCACAACAACUACGCCUGUAGUAUCGUAAAAUCAUGAUAGCUUUGACGACGACUUUCUCGACACACGACGCACUUUCUCGUCAUACUUUAAUUUAGCGUAUCUUCCAUUUAUGGUAAAAACAAUACAUCAUGCAUACAGAUCUGGAUAAUAGUUUAGUCCAUAAAGAAGGGGACGAUGUUGAGGAGGAAUCUGGAAUUGUAAGUCGCAGUGAAAGUAGUGAAAGUUUUGCUUCCUCGUCAUCUCAUUUCGAUAUUGGGUUGCUCAAUCUGCCAAAUCUGAUUUUUGAUAAAAUUUUUAACCACCUUUCUCCCACCGAUAUUUUAACCCUUCGUCUCACCUGUAAAUCGACGAAAGCCUGUGUCGAGCAUAAAUUUUUGGAUAAACUUUGCAUAAAUGUGAAAACUCGGCAAGCAUUCGUUGUUCUGCUCAACUCUCAAACGACCUGGACGCAUUUCAACUUUCACUGGAAACUUAGCCCCCCGCAGAAACAAUUGUCGCAAUUUACUCUCAUAUUCUCCGAACACAUCACAACCCUCAAGUUCACCUCGAAUGUGUACGAUUCUGCCAUUAUCAAAAUUAUUUGUAGCUGUGCUUCCCUCAGUAUCUUGGUCGUUGAAGAGAUUGACGGGACAAUGUUGGCCGAACUGCCGCAAAAAGAUAAGGCCCGACUCUCCAAGGCGUGCUAUUCUCUACAACAUCUCGGCAUUCACGAGAUCCUCAGCGAUGACAAGAAGGGGGCAGACUUCUUCAUCGAGCAUGUCCUCUCGGUGUGUUGUUCCACCCUGAAGUCCUUGGUCGUCCCAUUUCUCACCUUCUCUCCCAUCAACGCCUACCCGUUCAAGUAUGGCUGGGAUAAUAAAAACAGUAUGACGUCCACCACACCCACCGACGUUUUAGUGGUUCGUCCCCUCAUCGAGAUUAUUGAAAAUCGAGUCAAAGCCCCCAAUUUGGAGAGUGUCGUGGUCGUUCCGGAGUCUCGAUCCGCACUCUCCGACUCGGGCCUCUUUUGCCUCACGCUGCUAUGUUAUCAUCGACACCUUAACUUAAUUUAUGACAAAUUUCACGAUUCCAAUUUUAAUCUGGGCAAGUUAACGUAUUCCCUUUCGUCGGAACCGAGUAUGCAAAUGUCUGAAAUUGCGAGUAAAAUUAUGACCGUGAUGGCCUCCACGACAGAUCUCUUGUUGAAUUAUGAAUUUGCUAAUUUACGCAAACUUGUAGUGCAAUUUUCUACUUUUCAUAUCGACCAGGAUAUUUUCGUCGUGCAAAACUUUCCUCGGUUGAACACGCUAAAUAUCGACUUUAAAAUAAGGAAGCAGCUUCAUCCGAGGUGCAGCAAGGUGAAAAGGAUGGACAUGUUUGUUCAGGGGCUGCUAGAAGUUUCAAGGCCUAGCGUGAAACAGUUGCAAGUUCAAAAUCAUUGCGUGGUGGAAAGUGCGAUUUCCUUCAACGUGGUGAAAGUGGUCAAGUGCUUUUGUAACUUGAGGUCACUCUCCUUAAUUGGUUUUAAGGGGGCGACGAAAGACUUUCCAGUGAUGUGGAGAGGGCUGAGACUCCUGGAAAAGGUGGAGCUGGAAAAUUGUCCUGGGUUAAAUGACCAAGGGAUGUUGGGGGAGGAUUGGACUAAACCGGCGAUUCUAGAGUUGACUGAUUUACGGGAGCUAAAAAUAAGUCGAAGUGGACGGAUAACUGAUUUGAGCUACAUCAUUGCGCUUUGUAGAAUGAGACUGACGCGAUUCCAUCAUCAGCCAUUCUACCAAUCGGACAUCACUUUUGAAGGCUACAAUGCAUUGGCACGUGGGGAUUUUUCAAAAACUAUAAAAUUCCUAAGUGGUGGGACAACCUUUGGACGAUUGGAAAAGUCCAGUUUGAGAGAGUACCUGAAUAACUUCCCAUCUUUGCAGGAAACCGAUAGAAAGAAAAUUUUGCGAGGUUUCAGUCGAUGGAAUUUGUCUUGCUUCUGAUGAAAAUAAUAUGAGAUUACUUCCAAAUAAUGCUAAAUAAUUGUUGCUACUUCCAGACGUUUUUACCAAAUUAAUUGCAUUUGAAAUAAAUUUACGACAAAAGCUUCUUCCAAAAAUACGAGAUGUAUUGCUUUCUCUUCUCAUAAACAUGCAAUCAUUUCCAUAAAUUAAUUGUUGCAGGCAAGGAAUUGCACGGCCGCACAGCGAAUCUCUUGUCCUCCAUAACUGGUGUAUGCUCCCGUACUUGGUAUGAAUUUUCCA